GUCUCAUUGGAUGGAAAAGAUGUGGGCGGAUUUGCGCUGACGUUGCCCAUACUCGGGAUUAACUUGUUUUUAUGUCGCCAUAUCUAUCACAAUUUACACAGAAUAUACCGACCAACUGCAGAUUGUUGAUAGAGAGUGUUUGUUAGCUUCUUGUAGCCUUAAAUUAGUCUGUGUUGUGCAUGUGGACUGUGGAUAGGCUGUCGUGAGGGCGCGCAGUACGAUGUGAGCGCCUGGAUGAGGAGCAGACGUCGCACUGAGGUUACAGUGCCGAUGUCCUGUCACACUGAUGGGGGCCGACGGCAGUAAAAACAGGAAGAGGCCCACUGAAGGGCAAGAGGAUGAGCACUUCACAUCAGGAUGGCGUGGCUUCCUCUCCAGCAUGGGUCUGUCUAUCCCGGCAAGUAUCUGUCGCCUGGCCCCAUCGGCCCUGCGUCUUGGCCAACGUCGAAUGCUCCAAGGCAAGUCUCCUGACAUCCCAGAGCACGUCCUGAGGUUGGCGGGAGUUGGCCCAGAGAAGCUGAGAGCAGAGUGGAGCCUGCCGGGGUUUAUUACCAUGUUCCUGCCUGAAUUCCCCCACAGAACUGUGCCUGGGCACGAACACUUUCAGGUGUUGGGUUACAUUGCCAAAGGUUCGUUUGGACCCAUUCUGAAAGUGAAAGACAAGGCCAAACAGAAAACAUAUGCUGUGAAAGUUAUACCUAAGUCAGAGAUUCUGAGACAUGGGGUCUUGGAACAGUCGAAAGAAGAGGUUAUAGUCCAGCGUCAGGUUCACCACCCAUUUGUCCAUGACCUCCAGGACUGCUGGCAGACACAGCGCCACCUCUACAUUAUGUGUGACUACUGCAGCACAGGAGACCUGUACACCUACUGGCAGAUGAUCGGUCAGUUCACAGAGGGCACAGUACGAGUGUUUGCAGCGGAGCUGGGGUGUGCGCUCGGUUUUCUGCAUGACUUUGGGAUCAUCCACAGAGAUGUGAAGAUGGAGAAUAUCCUGCUGACAGACAACGGACACCUCCGCUUAGCUGACUUUGGUUUGUCCCGUCGCCUGGAGAGAGGAGGACGAGCCUUUACUAUCUGUGGAACAAUCCAAUAUAUGGCCCCCGAGGUGCUGAGUGGCGGACCCUAUAACCACGCAGCUGAUUGGUGGUCGCUGGGAAUUCUGCUUUUCUCAUUGGUUACUGGGAAGUUCCCUGUGACUCCAGAACCAGACCACUGCAGCAUGCUGAGGAAAGUGAGGGGUUUUCCCUAUGAAAUGCCCCUUAGCUUCAGCCCCCCAUUUGCCUUGCUAAUAACGGAGCUUUUGUGCAAGACCCCUUCCCGUCGCCUGAGGACCCUGGACCGUUUCAAACGCCAAACCUUCUUCCACGGAACAACUUUUGACCUCGCCCUGCUGCAGCGCCAGCCUGUGGAGGUGAUUCUGGAGCUGAGAGAGAGACCGGACCGAGCUGCCAAAGCUCGACGAGGACUCACUUUGUCUCUGCAGCCUCUGAAGGGCUUCGACUAUGACUCACUCCUCAGCCCUCCGGCCACGCCAGACACGCAGCUGGAUGCCGGCACACAGACUCACGCAACUUCACCGCUGCCUGGCCCGGCGCUCCCACUGCAGCUUCCUCAGGAAAAAGGACCACGCAGAGAAGUGUUUGUGUGACAGACUUUUGAGUUUACAGUCUGAUCACUAACACACGAGGUCUACAGAAAUGUCCUUCUGCACACAUAUUCACCUUUACACACAGGUGUGGUGUGCCUUGUAAAAUGUCUUAUUUAGUAAAGGCCAAAAUAGGUAAUUAUUGGGUUUAAUUGGAUCUAGUGUAGAUGGGAAUGAUUCAGCUGAGUAAAAAACACCAUUUCCCACUUGUAUACUGAGCACCGGGGUUUUUUGUGUUUUUUUUUUUUUUUUUACUUGUUUGCCUUUCUCCAAUGAGCACCUUUUCAAGCCUACUGUAUUUGCUCAACAGUUGUGCAAGAAAGAUUGCGCUAUUGUCCAUCUACUUUCAGUUUUCCAGUGACUGGUCAUGGCUGCCCUGUUAAGACAUAAUGUACAACCGCUAUCAAAUUCACCCCUCAUAGAAAAGUCACGCUGGUUGAACACAAUGCACCAAAUUUCAUGUUUUCUUUUUUCUUUUUCUUUUUGCCACAAGUUAUAUGUAGUCAACCAAACCACUUCAACAAAGUGAGCAUCUGCCUUUGUUUUCGUGUGGCAUGGUUACGCAAGCACUUUGGCAGAAGUGGUCAGAAGAAACUCUCUCCUUAAUCCUCUGAGUGAUUAUACAGUGAUCUUUAUUCUCUACCUUUAUUCAAAAACCUUUCCUGAACUUGACCUUUACUGCCUAAACUCCCUCUGCUUUACCAUGUGAAAAACCAUGCAAGCAUCAACAACAUCAGAUCAAGAUGUGUACGCCUUCAAUAUGUACUUUAUCCUUUAUAACCUGCAACUCAGGUCCUAAGUCGAACUUGAUUUUGACUCCUGGAUGGCACCCGACUGUGCAGAUCUAAGCUGGGACUGUAAGGGUUGAAUGAACAACAGUAUUGUUUACCUCCAGUUAACAUUUUGAUAGAUACAGGGCUUUUUCUAUUGUCCAAGGCUUCCGUAACCCUAGCCAGUAAUCACACCAUCAUGCACUUACCUGAUCAUCAGAUUAUAUUAUGAUUUUGUAAAGUAUGCCCUGAUGUGUUCCCAGAAUGCCUCACAUGUGUGAUCCUGAGCUUGCUUUUUUUUUUGCCACCAAAAUUCUUAUUUAUAAAUUCGUCUAUACAAAGUUUAUAUGAAUAUUUUGGAUGCUAUUUGAUGUUACAUGUUAAUGUUACAAGGUAUUUUUGUAAUUACCAUGUAGCACAGAUGGAAUAUUAAACUCUUACUAUACAGUGA